AAGAGGAACCAGAACCUCUGCUAGGAAUACAGAAACAAGAGGAACCAGAACCUCUGCAGAUAAAACAGAAACAAGAGGAACCAGAACCUCUGCAGAGAAUACAGAAACAAGAGGAAACAGAACAUAUGCAGAUAAAAGAGGAACCAGAACCUCUGCAGAUAAAACAGGAACAAGAGGAAACAGAACCUCAAGAGUUCAAAGAGGAAGAGAAGCAACUCUGCAUCAGUCAAGAUGAAGAGCAUCUUGUGCUGAAACAGGAGACUGAUGACAUUUUGUUGAUGCCUUCUAAAGUGCAAAGAAUCCACAAUGAAACAGAACCACAGAGGAACCAACUCAUCUCUCAUGACUCUGCUGAGGAUGACAACCAGGAUCAGGAAGGAAGCAGUUCUGACGAUCCAGAAAAAAAGAGAGAUGAAGAACAGAAACAAAAAGAGAGAUGUCAGAAAAAGAAACAGCAGAAAAGUAAAACUGACAGUUCAAAACAAAAAAGGCAAAAGAAAGCUCACCCAGACCAAAAAUUACAUUCCUGUAAAAUUUGCAAUAAAACCUUUUCUGUAAAAAAUACUCUGACUCAACACAUGAAAAUUCACACAGACGGAGAACAGUUCACCUGUUCAAUGUGUAGAAAACAAUACAGUUCAAAGGACGCUUUAAAGAAACACAUGAGAUAUCAUCUUGAUGUGCCUUACACAUGUACGAUCUGUAAAAAAGUAUUUCCCAGUAAAAAUGUUUUAAUUGAUCACAUGCAGACUCACAUGGGUAAGAAGGGACAUACAUGUGUGACCUGUGGAAAACAUUUUAAUUUCAAAAAUAGGUUAAAUCUUCACAUGAGGAGUCACACAGGCGAGAAACCUUUUUCAUGUACAAUUUGUGGAAAAGAAUUCAGUCGAAAAGGAGCUUUAAAUUGGCACAUGAGAAUUCACACAGACGAGAGGCCUUUUCCAUGUACACGCUGUGACCAAAGGUUCCGCAGUAAACACAAUUUAAUCUGUCACAUGAGGUCUCACACUGGUGAGAAGCCUUUUUCAUGUAAGAUCUGUGGAAAACACUUUGGUUACCAAGGUUAUGUAAAUAUUCACAAGAGGAUUCACACGGGUGAGAAGCCUUAUUCAUGUAAGAUCUGUGGAAAAAGUUUCACUCAAACCUCUACUCUUUCUGUACACAUUCAAACUCACAGGGAAUUAAAACUUUAUUCUGUGUGAUUUGUGGAAGACCUUUCCAGUUUAAAUCUAAUUUACUUUUUCAUAUGAGAACUCACACAGGUGAGAGACCUCUCUUGUGUGACGUGUGGAAAAAGUUUCACUCGGAUAAGCAAUUUCACUGUUCACAUGAAAGAGCACAUGGCAUAAUUUGAACCUUGAAUAUCAAUAUUCUCAGUAACUUGCUGUUUGAAAGCGCAGUAAUUAUAGCUGGGUGACAUUUUGUAAAUGUAGCAGCUUUGUUAAAAAAAACAUUUCAAAUGGAUUUAGCUGAAAUACUUUGAAGAAAUAAUCUUUUUCUGGUAGUUUUAGAUUUUCAUUUAAAUGUUUAUUUUUAAGUGAGAUUGUCUCCACGUUAAUUGUUUCUUAAUAAAAGUGAAUUUGAAUGCAUUUAGAGUCAUUGUAGAUUUGUUGCACUUGUACUUUGUUUUACUUUAAUGAUUUUGGUUAGUGUAUAGAUGCUAGCUGUUACUGAAUGCAAUGUUUGCGCUGGUAGGUUACAAACUGAUUGGAAACAUACUUGUCUAUAUUUGAAUCUGAAUAUCAGUUUUUUAUUAUGUUGUCUUUGUUGCUCAAAGAAUAGUGUCGUUAAUUUAUAAAUCACUGAACAACCUAGCACCACAAUACAUUAAAGAGCUGUUGUUGUCAUAGCAACCCUCC